AGCUAUAAGGUCAUACUGAUUUUCUUCACCGCGAAAAGAAGAAGAGCAUACGCACAGCUGAUUUGUAUAACGUGCUUGAACUGCACGUUUUCCUUAUUAUUUUUGAUUUUAAUUUUGAAAUCCCCGCGCAGAAUGCAAACGGAAGGAAAGUUCAAGCGGAAACGCCCAAAGAAGAAGGGUAAUCGCUUCAUACAAAACGCCAAAGGCUUCGCCAAGCAGGGAAUAUUUGGUCGUGGCACUCACAUCGAUGAUGAGCAGUACAGCUAUUUCAUCAACAUUCUGGACGCCAUGAAGGCUGGCUUUGAGGAUACUGAGGAACGGGUCAACAUGGCCAAUAACGUUUUCGAUCAAACUAAAGACCAAGAAGUACAUCUGGCAUCCAAUCAGAUUGUCUCCAAGGCACUGGAGUCCUUGGUGGGGUUCGUGGACAACACACAGUUGGAGCGGUUUUUUGAGAAGUUCGGUGGCACUCUCCGUCCCAUUUGCUCGGACCGUUUUGCCUCCCACGUCCUGCAAAAAAUGGUCGAGAUAGCCUUUCUGCGAGGAGUGGGCCAGUCAGCAGUGUCAGAAGCCAACGAGGAUGUGAGCGCCACCAAGAAGGCUAAGCCAGACGCGGCGCAGGUCGAAGAGGAGUACAACCUGAGUGCAGACUUCAGCGAGGAACACCGGGAGGCGUGCCGACAGUUUGUGCUGCGUAUCUCCAAGUUCAUGCUUAACAAUCUGGAGGACUUUGUGUGGGAUACUUGUGCCAGCCACAUCAUGAGGACGGGUAUUCUGUGUCUGGUGGGCAUGCAUGUUCCAAAGAUAGCUUUCGAAAAGGGUGGCGCCGAAAUCGCCAAGCACCGAAAGAUGUACACGGUACCGGAAGAGUGGCAGGAGGUGAUGAAGGAAUUUCCCCAGCGCCUGGAGAUGUGGCCACAGUUUCCGGAACUGCCCUAUCAGGAGCACUCAUCAGCGCUUCUGGGAAUAAUUUGUUUGGCACUAAGUGUGACGGAUAAGAAUCUUCUAAAGCACUUUGGAAAAAAGAUUCUCACACUAAGUCUGCUGCUGCCGAACGAUGAAGAAAACGAUGAUGAUGAAAAGAAGGAUGGAGAUGUCAAAAUAGAAAUCAAGGAUGAUGACGAGGAGGAUAAGGAAGAAGAAACGAAUUCCAAUGAAAAUGCUGAGAACAACGAAGAGAAGAAAGAAGAUGCCCCCGUUCUGCCAAAAGUUUUUCAUCAUCAAAGUUCGGUGAUCCUGCUCGAAACUCUCUUAGGUGUGGCGGGGGCCAAGUUAUUGACGCAACUAUAUGCGAUGCUCUUUUGUGGUAAGGUGGCCUACCUUGCCCAGCAACAUGACACGAACUUCUCUGUCCAACGGCUUCUCCAACACAUCAAGGAGGUGAGCGACUUUGAGGCUGUUUUCACAGAACUGCAGCCCCAAGUGGAGCAACUCCUAAGGAUGGGGUAUACUGGUGUUGUCUCAGCUUUGAGUGCUGCCUGUCUUCGUCUGAGUAGCAAGCAGUCCCAAAUGAUAGCUGCUAUGCAGAGCGCCCUCCACGUCACAGGCGAUAAAGAGAAAUCCAAGAUGUUCUUCACCUGUCUGAUCAAGCUGAAGCCGUUCGAGAUAAUCGGCACCGACGAGUCCAGUGCUGUCCAUCUUCACGGCUCCUUGAUCGCCCAGCACCUUCUGCAAUUCAACAAACCAAUCUUCCUGGUCAAUUGCAUUCUAGAUCUGCCAGCCUCGCAGCUGGCUCAGGUUUUUAACACCCCCAACGGUUCUCACAUCGUGGAUGCCUUCAUGCAGAGCAAGUUUAUUGGCGAAAAGUCACGUGAAAGAUUAAUUCGCCAGUUGGACGGCUUUUAUGUAGACCUGGCCAUCACUAGACAUGGAUCCCGCGUCCUCGAUGAAUGCUUCAAGGCCUCCCAAGAGGCCCAGAAGGCGCGAAUAGCCAAGGAGCUAUUCUCCAAGGCGAAUAUGCUCAACGGUUCUCCUUACGGGCGAAUAAUUUACACAAAGUACCGCCUAGAUACGUACAAACUUUCACCUAGCCAGUGGCAGGAGAGUCUAUCGAAGCAACUGGGAUCCGAGCAACCAAAGGAAGGGAAGCGAAAAUCGGCCAAGAAGACGGCUGUGGAAGCGUUUAAGGAUAUUUUAAGCUAAUAUAUACCUUUAACACCGAUUAAAUUUUUCUAAUUAAGUGAAAAA